AUGACGGUAUUUGAUGGAUAUUAUGACGAUUAUCAACAUGCUCAGCAAGAGGCAUUGGAAGCUAUUGAUGAAUACAAACACACUUUGAAUUCCGUUGAUCGGGAACAAUUGGCCGUGACUGCAAAAAAUAAUGUUGAUGAAGUGGAACGAUAUAUUCGUAUAUUGGAAAAUGAAGCCAAGACCUUGUCGUCUCUUACUGAAAAAAGAAAAAUGAUGGAAACAGUGUAUCACUGUAAAACCAAAUGGAUGGGAUUAAAAGCUUCAUUGGAAAAGGAAAUGUUGGUGGGUGAUGUUCGAGGAAACAAUUUGCCCAUUUCGUCAUCUGAUGCGACGACGACAGAGCAAUUAGAAAGCUGUGCCGAACGCAUUGAUAGAACUGGACGUCAUUUAGAUGAUGCACAGCGCACCCUUGCCCAGACAGAAGCGAUCGCGGAGAACGUUUCAAACAACUUGUUACAGCAACGGAAUCAAUUGGAACAUACUGAGCUGAAUAUCGCACAAACGCAAGAUGAAACUGAGGAGGCUAAAGGCUAUAUUCGUUCGAUGGCAUUUAAAGCGUGCACAAGUCGAAUUCUCUUGUUCCUGGUGAUGUUGGCGCUCGUGGCUGCCAUCGUUUUGGUCUCGUACUUCAAGUGGUAUCCACGCAACCAAACGGAUCACUUGGGAAUCUUGCCUAACUCCAACACGACCAACUCUACUACUGGCGCAGCUUCUCAGUGA